AUGAGAGGCACAAUUCGCAUAAUCAACUUCAACACUGGUCACGUAUUCCGCCAUUUCAUCGGACAUGGAUCAAGCAUCAACGAAUUGAAAUUUCAUCCCAAUAAUCACGAGCUGCUGACUAGCGCUUCGAAAGACCGAACUUUGAUUACCUGGAAUAUAAUCUCAGAAGUACAGGUUUACAAUCAUGGAGGACUGUACGGACAUCAAGAUGAGGUGCUAAGCUGUGAUUGGAAUAGAGAAGGGAAUCUAUGUGCUUCGUCAGGGAUGGAUCACAGCGUAAUAAUCUGGGACAUCUCUGGGCGACUUGCGAAAGUGGCUCUCGAAGCUUCAAAUGUGUAUGAAAGCAGUACAUCAAGACGCCCGUUUCCUACGGUUAGACUUACUCCUGUUUUCAUUACGAAAGAAGUGCACUCGAAUUAUAUUGAUUGUAUUCGGUGGUAUGAGUCCUUCAUCAUAUCGAAAUCAUGCGAAAGCGAGAUAAAGAUCUGGGAGCCUGAUCUCAGCCAGCCAACUGAAAUUAAUCCGAGCCCUCCUAUUCUUUGUGCGAUGUCAUAUCCUGUCCCCCAGUGUCCGAAUUGGUAUGUGCGCUUCGGAAUUGACCGACAAAAAAGAUUCAUGGCCAUCGGCAACCAAGUCGGAAAGAUCACUCUUUGGGACUUGGACACAAUAAGCAAAGAGCCCAACAUAACCGUCCACCAUCCCAAGAUCUUCUCGCAGUGCCGUCAAGUCGCAUUUUCGCCUGAUUCCGGGAUACUUGUUGCCGUCUUUGACGAUACAACUGUUUGGCGCUACACGCUGAAGGCUCCAGAAGAAGCAGUUCAAAAAGUGUCUGAAAACUCGACAAAGACUGACAGCGAUGAAUCCACUCAAUAA